CCUCCCGCUCCCGCCGAACGGACUGGCGCGGCAGCCCGAGCUCCAGCAUCCCGGCGCGCCUCCCUCCCUCCCGGCCUGCGCGCCCCGGCCCGCUCGGCGAGAUGCUCCCGAUGCGCCUGGAACCGAAGCCCAACCCGCUGCUGGACGCCAACCUCUGCUCGCGGGUGUUCUUCUGGUGGCUAAAUCCCUUGUUUAAGAUUGGCCAUAAACGGAGGUUGGAAGAAGAUGACAUGUACUCAGUGCUCCCACAAGAUUCCUCCAAUUACCUCGGAGAAGAGCUGCAAGGGUAUUGGGACAGAGAAGUUUUAAGAGCCGAGGAGGAUGCACGCAAGCCUUCUUUAACAAAGUCAAUCAUAAAGUGUUACUGGAAAUCUUACCUAAUUUUGGGAAUUUUUACAUUAGUCGAGGAAAGCAUCAGAGUAAUUCAGCCCAUAUUUUUGGGGAAAAUUAUUGAUUAUUUUGAAAAUUAUGAUCUCACUGAUUCUGGGGCUUUGUACAGAGCAUACGGCAACGCCACAGUGCUGACCAUCUGCACACUGUUUCUGGCCAUACUGCACCAUUUAUUCUUUUAUCACGUUCAGUGUGCUGGGAUGAGGUUGCGGGUAGCCAUGUGCCACAUGAUUUACCGGAAGGCACUUCGUCUUAGUAACGUGGCGCUGGGGAAGACAACCACAGGCCAGAUAGUCAACCUGCUGUCCAAUGAUGUGAACAAGUUUGAUCAGGUGACGAUCUUUUUGCACUUUCUGUGGGCGGGACCACUGCAGGCCAUAGCAGUAACUGCCCUUCUCUGGAUGGAAAUAGGAAUAUCGUGUCUUGCUGGGAUGGCGGUUCUGAUCAUUCUUCUGCCUUUGCAAAGCUGCAUUGGGAAGCUGUUUUCAUCACUGCGGAGUAAAACUGCAGCCUUCACAGAUGCCAGGAUCAGGAGCAUGAAUGAAGUUAUAACCGGAAUAAGGAUCAUCAAAAUGUAUGCCUGGGAAAAGUCGUUUGCAGACCUUAUUACCAGUUUGAGAAGGAAGGAAAUUUCCAAGGUUCUGAGAAGUUCCUACCUCAGAGGGAUGAAUUUGGCUUCGUUUUUUGUUGCCAACAAAAUCAUCCUCUUUGUAACCUUCACCUGCUACGUGCUGCUUGGCCACGAGAUCACAGCCAGCCGUGUGUUUGUGGCAAUGACCCUGUACGGGGCUGUGCGGCUGACCGUCACCCUCUUCUUCCCUGCAGCCAUUGAGAGAGGCUCAGAGGCAAUUGUCAGCAUUCAGAGAAUCAAGAACUUCCUGUUACUUGAUGAGAUAUCACAGCACAGCCUUCAGCUGCCAGCAGAUGGCAAAACGAUAGUGCAUGUCCAAGAUUUCACUGCUUUCUGGGAUAAGGCAUUGGAAACCCCAACCCUCCGAAGCCUUUCCUUCACUGUCAGACCUGGAGAAUUGUUAGCUGUGGUCGGUCCGGUGGGAGCAGGCAAGUCUUCACUGUUGAGCGCCGUGCUCGGGGAGCUACCCCCGAGUCAGGGGCUAGUCACUGUGCACGGGAAAAUCGCCUAUGUUUCCCAGCAGCCCUGGGUGUUUUCUGGAACCGUGAGGAGUAAUAUUUUAUUUGGGAAGAAGUAUGAAAAAGAACUGUAUGAAAAAGUAAUAAAGGCUUGUGCUUUGAAAAAGGAUUUACAGAUUUUGGAAGAUGGGGAUCUGACUGUGAUCGGAGAUCGGGGAGCCACGCUGAGCGGAGGGCAGAAAGCACGAGUGAACCUCGCUAGGGCUCUCUACCAAGACGCUGACAUCUACCUCCUGGACGACCCACUCAGUGCAGUAGACGCGGAAGUCGGCAAGCACCUGUUUCAGCUGUGUAUUUGUCAAACCUUGCAUGAGAAGAUCACAAUUUUAGUGACUCAUCAGUUGCAGUACCUAAAAGCUGCAAGCCAUAUUCUGAUACUAAAAGAUGGAGAAAUGGUGCAGAAGGGAACUUACACUGAGUUUCUGAAAUCUGGAGUAGAUUUUGGUUCCCUUUUAAAGAAGGAAAAUGAGGAAGCUGAACAAUCUUCAGUUCCAGGGACUCCUACACUGAGGAAUCGUACCUUCUCGGAGUCUUCAGUUUGGUCUCAACAGUCUUCUAGACCCUCUUUGAAAGAUGGCAUUCCAGAGGGCCAGGAUACAGAGAAUAUACAGGUAACACAAACAGAGGAGAUCCGUUCUGAAGGGAAAGUUGGCUUCAAGGCCUACAAGAAUUACUUCAUAGCAGGUGCAUCCUGGUUUAUCAUCAUUUUCCUUACUCUGCUAAACCUGGCAGCUCAGGUUGCCUAUGUCCUUCAGGAUUGGUGGCUUUCCUACUGGGCAGAUGAACAAAGUAUGCUGAAUGUCACUGUAAAUGGGGAAGGAAAUGUAACUGAGAAGCUAGAUCUUAACUGGUACUUAGGAAUUUAUGCAGGUUUGACUGUAGCUACCGUCCUUUUUGGCAUAGCAAGAUCUCUGUUGAUGUUCUAUGUCCUUGUUAAUUCUUCACAAACUUUGCACAAUAAAAUGUUCGAGUCAAUCCUGAAAGCUCCAGUAUUGUUCUUCGAUAGAAAUCCAGUAGGAAGAAUUUUAAAUCGUUUCUCCAAAGACAUUGGACAUAUGGAUGACUUGCUUCCCUUGACAUUUCUAGAUUUCACCCAGGUACUGCUGCUUGUCAUCAGCAUGGUGGCCGUGGCAGUCGCUGUGAUUCCUUGGAUUGCAGUACCCAUAAUUCCCCUUGCCAUCAUUUUCUUCAUUCUUCGGCGAUACUUCUUAGAAACAUCAAGGGAUGUCAAACGCCUGGAAUCUGCAACACGGAGUCCGGUAUUUUCCCACUUGUCCUCCUCCCUCCAGGGGCUCUGGACCAUCCGGGCAUACAGGGCUGAAGAGAGGUGUCAGGAGCUGUUUGAUGCACACCAGGACUUACACACAGAGGCUUGGUUCUUGUUUCUGACAACGUCACGAUGGUUCGCCGUGCGCCUGGAUGCCAUCUGUGCCAUCUUUGUCAUCGUUAUUGCCUAUGGGUCCCUGAUUUUGGCGCACACUUUGGAUGCUGGGCAGGUUGGCUUGGCCUUGUCCUAUGGCCUCAUGCUCAUGGGGAUGUUCCAGUGGUCUGUUAGACAAAGCGCUGAAGUGGAGAAUAUGAUGAUUUCAGUGGAGAGAGUGAUGGAAUAUACAAACCUAGAAAAAGAAGCGCCUUGGGAGUACCAGAAACGCCCGCCGCCGGGCUGGCCCCAGGAAGGAGUGAUCAUCUUUGAUAACAUGAACUUCACGUACAGCUUAGAUGGGCCUGUGGUGUUAAAGCACCUGACAGCACUCAUUAAAUCAACAGAAAAGGUUGGAAUUGUGGGAAGAACAGGAGCUGGAAAAAGUUCCCUCAUCUCAGCCCUUUUUAGAUUGUCAGAACCUGAAGGUAAAAUUUGGAUUGAUAAGAUCUUGACAACUGAAAUUGGACUUCAUGAUUUAAGGAAGAAAAUGUCAAUCAUACCUCAGGAACCAGUUUUGUUCACUGGAACAAUGAGGAAAAACCUGGAUCCCUUUAAUGAGCACACAGAUGAGGAACUGUGGAAUGCCUUAGAAGAGGUACAGCUUAAAGAAGCCAUUGAAGAUCUUCCUGGUAAAAUGGACACUGAAUUAGCAGAAUCAGGAUCCAAUUUUAGUGUCGGACAGCGACAGUUGGUGUGCCUUGCCAGGGCAAUUCUGAAGAAAAACCGCAUAUUGAUUAUUGACGAGGCGACAGCAAAUGUUGACCCAAGAACUGAUGAGUUAAUACAAAAAAAAAUCCGAGAGAAGUUUGCCCACUGCACUGUGCUGACCAUCGCACACAGACUGAACACCAUCAUCGACAGUGACAAGAUCAUGGUUUUGGAUUCAGGAAGACUGAAAGAAUAUGAUGAGCCAUAUAUUUUGCUGCAGAAUAAAGAGAGCCUAUUUUACAAGAUGGUACAGCAGCUGGGCAAGGGGGAAGCCGCUGCCCUCACCGAAAUAGCAAAACAGGAUGGCACUCAUAACAGCAUUCACCGUAUUUUUGAUCACACCUCAUAAGGAUACUUACAGAAGACUUCCAGAACUGCUUCAUAAAGUGGCAAGAACGAUGGGAUAACUGUGUUCAAAGCAAAGGGUCGUACUUUGAGGAGGACUGGCAAUGUAUCUGUUACUGUAAUAAAUUUUGUAAUGUAAGCAUUGACUGUAUAUUUUGAUCAUACCUCAUAUGUACCAGUUACACCAGAGUUAGACCUGCUGUAUGGAUGAGGGGCUUAAAGCCUGAGAGUUACUAUAACAGUCUUGAGCCAGAAUCCCAGACAUGGAAUCCUGUCUUACACUCGCCAUGUAAAUAAAGCCCCAGUGUUUCUCCUGUGUCCACAAAGGGGACCCUUUGUUGCUCUGUUGCUUUCAUUAAGCUCUGAUUCCAUUACAGUGGCUUUAUGGAUGAGCUAGCAUUUAUACAUUAAACUUAGUCUUAGCCUACAUUAGAGGAACUCUUAACCAAACCAGAGAGGAGAGGAAGAGCAACAAGACAUUGAACAUUCACUGGACUUCUGCUGUCUGCAGGCUUAAACUUCUAUGGCGUUAUCUCCUUCAAUCUUCACAGGGCAAAAGGUCCUAAGUAAUGUCUCAAAGUCACCAACAGGGCAGUGUUGGUACUCCAGCCUUGGUAACCUCUCCACCAGGCCUUUCUGUCCCCUGGGUUACCAUACUCAUUCAGUUAACAGUCUCAACUCCGAGUCUGGGUUCUGUAAAAAUGAGAAGAUCCACAAGGGAACUCACAGAUGUUUUGUUUUCAUCUUUCAAGCUGGGUAAUACUGCUAGUUUCCACGGACUAAGGAGCAUUCAUAAACACACCCAACACUUAACUCAGCAUGUUUUCUACUAGCAGUUUGUGGCUGUUAAUUAUUUCCUAUGAGAUAAGUCAUUGCUAUCUCAUUUACGGAUGAGGCAGGCAGCAUGGAGAGAGGUUAAGGGAUUUUUCCAGAGUCAGCAAUAAGUCCCGGGAGGGAAAGCUGAGGCUGGGGCUCUUCAUCCCAGGCUAAGCCUGUGACUCGAGGACCCUGCUGAAGACUUUCGGCAUCCUGGCUCCCUUCAUCACCUGCACUGUAGAAACUGAUGCUGUAUCUCACCUGUGCCAUUAUCCAGCCUGUGUAAUGCUAAACAUGGUAGCAGAUGAGAAAAGAGAAGUGAAAUUAAGGAUAUUUUACUACGGAAGUUGUUUUUCCACAAAACAUUUCAGACCAGGAAGCUGCAAACAUUUUAGUGAAGAAUUACUAAUAACAUUUUCUUGAUAAAAUUUACAUAGAGAAGGGUUUUAGGGAAGGAACAGGCUUAUUUGGAAAUGACUUUCAAGCAGUAGAAAGUGAAUUGAAUUUCCGUUUGUUCUUUUGGCUGCUUUUACUUUCAAGAGGAAAUAACCUUUUUGGAAUAUAUAAAUAUAUAGCCACACAAAAUACAGCUACCUUUAAAAAGUAAGCAGGAAGAGAGGACAUGAAAUUUGCCCCCCACCAAUAUCUUAUUUUGAAAAUCUUGCAUUACAAUAGAAAUGGUCUCACUUUUCAUUCAGUAGGGUUCAAGGACUAUCAGAGAAUUUCUUAUUUUUCUUUAGUGACAUUUUAAUAUAUUGAAUUUUAAACAUAGUAACACUUUUGCAGGAGCAAGUAUGUAAGCAACAAAAGAAAAAGUACACUUAAUAUGUAGGUAGGUGUCACAGCACACUUCCGUUUUGUAUGUGAAGUCCAUUAUCUCCAGUGAUAACUUUGUUGACAGCACCCACAAAUAUAUUUGGAGUCAGGUUUUAUACAGUGUAUGCAGAAUCGUGUGACUAAGAGUCCCAGCUCAUGACAUGUGUCAGCCUCAGAUAGAUGGUACAUUUUCUGUUUUAAAGACUCAAACAAAACUUUUCACAUUCUUCUUUGGAAAAAAAAAAUUACAUUUGAAGUCUUUUUCACCCAAACACAUUUGGAGAUAAGAGCUCACAAGUCUUGACAUUAUUUCAUUUUGUUAUGCGCAUCUGUCAAGGAACCGAGAUAUGAUACAGCUACUAAAAACUGAUGAUUGUGGAACAGAGAAACUUGACAGCAUUUCAUUUCCUUUAUGUUCUGAUUACACAUUUAUCAGAAAACCUGUAUCUCUUCUAGUUCAGCUAGAAAUUGGUAGAAUUCAGGAACUCAAAGGCUUGGCAAAGGCCUGUCCUUUUAUUUGGUAUCAUCUUACAUUUUAGAGAAGUUGCUUGGCUGGGUCAUUGUUAAAGGUUUUGCUUCUCUUUUCAUUAUUGUGGCCCACAAUAUCCACAGAUCACAUUUCUAUGGGUCCUAUGACUGCUUUGCCACACAAAUUAAACGCUGGGAUAGUUCAUACUAUCCGAAGCAUUUCAAUGCUUGUCAGUCAGAGUUUAUAAAAUAUAGGGAUUACAACCUGAUAUUAACAUCCAAAUCUAUUGUGCUCAUUUUAUGUGCGAAAAUGAGAAACCCUCGUGCAGACGCUAGAUUUCCCAGCCUCUUUGUCACUCUGUUUUUAAUUUAUCUUCAGGUUUUGAGUCAGUGAAAUGAUUUUGCUUAUCAGUUUAAUGAAGCGAUAAAACAUAUCUGUGAAUCAGAAUGAUCAGAACUAAAGUGGAUCUACAGGUGGUUUGGCAUUCAGCCGAGCCCAGCUAAGGGUUUUAGUGGGCCAAUUCUCCAUAGAAUAUAUACAUGCCUGUUCUUUAACUGUGCCUCAGUGAAUGCUAAGAUUUGCUUCACAUGAAGAAGUGGACAUAGGAACACAUUGCUUUAGAGAAGAGGAUGUGAA